AUGUUUGGAAUAUUUAAAACUAAUGUCACGAGAGUCUAUAGAAUAGCCAAUAUUCAAAAUGCGGUACAAAGAAGUUUAUUUCGUAAUAGAACUUAUACUUUACUCACUUCCAAAAAGUUUAAUAAAAAUAGUUCGGAAAUAUUAAUAAAAGGUUCUGGAAGAACAAAUUUAGUCUGGAUAAAACAAAAAAAUAUACAACGUAUGCUCGCAACAGAAGUUGAUCCAUUAAAACUUCAUAAUGAUAAAAGUAAUGAUAAUAAAAGUAAUGAAAAUAAAAAAAGUAAUGAUAAUAAGGAAAAUAAUGAUAAAAACAAUGAGAAUGAAAAAAAUCAUAAUCAACCAACCAAUAAAGAGCAAAAAACCCAAAAUGAGGUUGAAAUUCCAAAAGGAUUUUCGAAUUUUUCAAAUAACAAAGAUGGUAAAAAAAAAAAUUAUACAAAUGAAGAAGUUCAAAAAUUUAAAGCAGAAUUCAAUUUACAGCUUAAUGCCAAUACUAUAAUUCCUUUCCUAUUUUCUGCAUAUGUUCUUUAUAAACUUACAGGAAGUAAUGAUAAUUCUCAUGAAAUUACUUGGCAAGAAUUUCAAACAGCAUUUUUGGAUAAAGGUUUAGUAGAUAAAUUGGUUGUGGUAAAUCGAAAAAAAGUUCAAGUUUAUUUACAUUCAAAUGCAACUGGUCAAAUGUAUCCAAAUACUUCAACUUCAUCAGGUAUAAAUUAUUAUUUUAGUAUAGGAUCAGUUGAAGCAUUUGAAAGGAAAUUAGAUUCAACUCAAAAAGAAUUAGGAAUUCCUUCAUCCGCAAGAAUUCCAGUAGCAUAUCAUGAUGAAAUAAGUUUUUUUAAUACUUUAUUACAUUUUGCACCAACCCUUCUUUUGGUUGGAGUAUUAUUUUAUAUGACAAAACGUGGAGGUACAACUGGUUCACAAGGAAUUUUUGGUAUUGGAAAAUCUAAAGCGAAAUUAUUUAAUCAAGAAACUGAAGUAAAAGUUAAAUUUAAAGAUGUUGCUGGUAUGGAUGAAGCUAAAGAAGAAAUAAUGGAAUUUGUUAAAUUUUUAAAAGAUCCAUCUGCUUAUGAAAAAUUAGGUGCCAAAAUUCCAAAAGGUGCUAUUUUAAGUGGUCCACCUGGUACAGGUAAAACUUUACUUGCUAAAGCAACAGCAGGUGAAGCAGCCGUACCUUUCUUAAGUGUUUCUGGAUCAGAAUUUGUAGAAAUGUUUGUUGGUGUUGGUCCAUCACGAGUUCGAGAUUUAUUUGCUAAUGCUAAAAAGCAUUCCCCAUGUAUUAUUUUUGUUGAUGAAAUUGAUGCAAUCGGAAAAUCCCGUGGAAAAAUGGGUCAAUUUGGUGGAAAUGAUGAACGUGAAAGUACUUUAAAUCAAUUACUUGUGGAAAUGGAUGGAUUUAAUUCAAAUGAACAUGUGGUGGUUUUGGCUGGUACAAAUAGACCGGAUGUUUUAGAUUCCGCUUUAAUGCGUCCAGGUCGAUUUGAUCGACACAUUGUUAUUGAUCGACCUGAUAUAAAAGGUAGAGAAGAAAUUUUUAAAGUACAUUUAAAACCUAUCAAAACUAAAGAGAACAUUGAUAAUUUAUCAAACAAAUUGGCUGCAUUUACACCAGGAUUUUCUGGAGCAGAUAUAGCUAAUAUAUGUAAUGAAGCGGCAUUAAUAGCAGCACGUUAUCAAAAGGAUUCAGUAUCUGAGGAACAUUUUGAACAAGCCAUUGAACGUGUAAUUGCAGGAAUCGAAAAAAAAUCACGUGUAUUAUCUCCUGAAGAGAAAAAAACUGUAGCAUAUCAUGAAGCAGGACAUGCAAUUGCUGGAUGGUUUCUUGAGCACGCUGAUCCAUUAUUAAAAGUAUCAAUUAUUCCUCGAGGUAUUGGAGCACUUGGAUAUGCACAAUAUUUACCAAAAGAUCAAUAUUUAUAUUCAACAGUACAAUUAUUAGAUAGAAUGUGUGUAACUUUAGGUGGACGAGUUUCCGAACAAAUCUUUUUUAAUAUAAUAACAACAGGAGCUCAAGAUGAUUUACAAAAGGUUACAAAAAUGGCAUAUGCACAAGUUACGAUUUAUGGUAUGAAUCCAAUUAUUGGACCCAUAUCAUUUCAUAAUUCAAAUGAUUCUGAAUUACAAUUUCAAAAACCAUAUUCAGAAGAAACAGCUAAAAUGAUUGAUAAUGAAGUUCGUAAAUUAGUAUCAUUGGCUUAUAAAAGAACUAUGAAAUUAUUAACAGAAAAAAAGAAAGAUAUAGAGAAAGUUGCACAACUUUUAUUAUCUAAAGAAGUUUUAAAUAAAGAAGAUAUGAUUAGAUUAUUAGGAGAAAGAUCAUUUAUAGAGAAGAAUCCAUAUCAUACAAUAUCACCAGAUGCAGAUGGUAUACCAGAUAUACCAAAAUCAUAA